AUCCUAAAUCAAUCUCUCUCUCUCUCUCCCUCCCUCCCUCCCUCCCCAUGGACGCAGUUACCUUCUCAACUCCACUCUCUUUAUAUUCACCUCUAUUCAACCACCGCCACUCUCUCUCUAAACCGCCACACGCAUUCCCUUUCCAUCUACCCAGAAAAUUCCCAACCUUAACCCUCAAAUACUCCCUUAAUUCUCACUUACCCACUUAUUCAACUCAAAAUUCAAGUGCCCCAUCUGAGGACUCGCUCUUGCUCCACCUCUCUGCGUCGGCACCGCAGACUCCUGCCACCGCAAUGCGCGGGGCCGAGACUGACGCCAUGGGUUUGUUGCUCAAGGAGAGGAUUGUUUUCUUGGGAAAUCAGAUUGAUGAUUUUCUUGCUGAUGCAAUUAUCAGCCAGCUGCUCUUGCUUGAUGCUCAGGACCCCACUAAGGACAUUCGACUUUUCGUCAAUUCCCCCGGUGGCUCCCUCAGUGCUACAAUGGCCAUCUUUGAUGUUGUACAACUAGUUAGAGCUGACGUCUCCACAAUUUCCCUCGGCAUUUCUGCAUCAACAGCUUCCUUAAUCCUUGGUAGUGGCACCAAAGGCAAACGCUUUGCAAUGCCUAAUGCUCGAAUUAUGAUACAUCAACCACUGGGGGGUGCAAGUGGGCAAGCAUUAGAUGUCGAAAUUCAAGCCCGAGAAGUAAUGCAUAACAAAAAAAAUGUCACUAGAAUUAUAUCUGAUUUCACUGGUCGCUCAUUUGAACAAGUCGAAAAAGAUAUUGAUAGGGAUCGUUACAUGUCCCCUAUUGAAGCAGUUGAAUACGGCAUAAUUGAUGGGGUUAUUGAUAGAGAUAGCAUUAUUCCUCUUGUGCCUGUUCCUGAAAAGGUUAAGGCUUCUACAUUUAAUUAUGAGGAGAUCAGCAAAGACCCUAAGAAGUUUUUGACACCAGAAAUUCCUGACGAUGAGAUAUAUUAGUUGUGGGCUGAACGCUGCAGGCACAUUUACAGGCUUUGAAGUUCCAGUUUCGUCAAGGAUGCCACUAUAAUUUUUGAUAGAUGCAGAUAGUCUAGAUUUUCACAUUUAUCGUGUUCUCAUUUACAAACUGGUCAUCAAGAAAGCAGAAAAGAAAUUCUUGUAAGCAGCAUCCCUGCUUGUGUAUGCUUGUUGGUUAAGAUGGGUGCCUUAGCAAGCAAUGUUGAAGUUCAAUGUAAUGACAUAAAUUUAAGUUGCUUUGUGUUACCUAAUUUAUGAGGAAUCAUUUUCACAACAAAUAUAAGUGCUUUUAUUUAGAGCUUA